GAAUUGUUCUGGUGCAUUAAAUGUCUUUUUUCUUGAUCAUUUGUCUAUCUAUGUCAGCUAUAUAUUUAGAUGUUUUACAUGUUGUAUGAGAUGCCUGAAUUGCGACAUAUGGUGUUGUUUAUUCGCUCUUUAAGUUUCUGGUUCUUGGAGAUGCACAACCAGAUUUGAACCAUAUCUUGCAACCAUAAAUCAUUAAAUGCUGAAUUUAAGGUUGUUUUGAUAUCUCUAUUCACACAUGAAUGUGCAUGUUUUUCAGCAGUUUUAUCUUUCUUCUGUGUUCCUUUGCAACUUACAUGGCUACAAUCAUGAAUUCAUUCAUUUAUUUAUGGUGUUUUGUAAUUUAUAUUCUUUUGCUGUUGUUCUUCAGAACCAGAGUGCCAGGAUUCAGAAAUCGACACCACCACCAACCACCACCGCUCCAUGUGCAGGCUGCCUUGGGUUUGGGGAAGCCUGUCCUAGCCUUUGGCAGGCUGUCUUAGCGUUUGAGCAGUCUACCCCAGAAGCCAAUGGUAGUGUUACCGAGCCUACUGGAAAACCGGAGUUGAUAUCAGAAAUGGAAGAACCGAAAGAUGCAUUAUCAUCUCCAAAAGCUAAAGGAAAAAAUGGCAUUCAAACUAAGAUGAAUGAAUCCAAUAUCGAGGCACUUAUGCCGAAGCUGUGUCAUUCAUAUUACUACAUGAAACCUACGAUCCAGGAGCUAGCAGCCAAAGAGCGAGCGCAACCAGGUUAUUGUGGUCGUGUGAAGGACUUUUGUCGUGGGGAGUCAUGGUCUCGGAAGCAUCAAAUUUCUCGGGGAAACAGACUUGAGAGGAGUGGAUCUUGAAUCUUUAUCAAAAUCGUUCAAGGAAGAAUCCGUAUGAUUUUGACACUCAUAUUCAUACACUUUUUCAUCCACCUUUUUGUGGGUUUAUGGGUUUUCCAUUUAUUUAACGUUUGCAGAGUUCUUUAUGAUACAUUGAUUUUUAACAU